AUGGGGCGGGAGAGGCCCCCGCAGCCCCCCCCCAGCCCCGGCAGGUCCCGGCCCGGAGGCCCCGGAAAUCCCGGGGGCGGGACGGGCUCGGGGUUACAAAAACAUCGCCCGGAGCCGGAGCGGGGAACGGACACGAGGAGGGACGGACAGAGGGACACGGGGACAGGGGGACAGACGGACGGACAGACGGACAGGGGGGGUUCGGCGUCCUCAGCCCACCCCGACGGCCCCGCACUGACAGACCCGGAAGAGCCCCAGGGGAUCCGAACCGGGAGAAACCGAACCGGAGAGACCGAACCGAUCCGAACCGGAGAAUUUGAACCGAUCCGAACGGGAGGAGAAAGCGAACCGGAAAAUCUGGAACCGAUCCCGAUCGGAGAAACCGAACCGAUCCGAACCGGAGAAUUUGAACUGAUCCAAACGGGAGAAAACCGAAGUGGAGAGACCGAACCGAUCCGAGCGGGAGAGAAACCGAACCGAUCCAACGGGAGAAACCGGACCGAUCCCAACCGGAGAGACCGAACCGAUUCAAAGCGGAGAAAACGGAACCGACUCAUCCCGGAGAGCCGGAACCGAUCCAAAUCGGACAAAGGGAACCGAACAAAACCGGAGAAACCGAACCGACUUUUCCCGGCGCUCCCGAACCGACUUUUCCCGGCGCUCCCCAUCCCAAAUCCCGCAGAUCCCCAGCGGGUUUUUCCCGGGAACUCCGAGCGGAUUAUUCCCCGGCGUUUCCCGAACCGACCUUUCCCGAGCUCCAAAACCCCGGGGCGGGGGAGGACACCGCGGACCCCGAAUUUAAAACCCCGAGCCCACCGGACCCUCCCCGCUGUCGCCGCUGUCGCCGCUGUCGCCGCUGUCGCCCCCCCCGAUGGAGCCCCCCGCGCUGCUGGCGCUGGCCCUGGGCACCCUGGGUGUCAUCGCAGCUCUCCCGCCCGCUCCGUCCCCGUCCCCGUUCCCGCCCCCGUCCCUGUCCUGGUUCUCCCACCCGGAGCUGGGGACGCCGUUCAACGUCACCUGCAUCUCCGGCGUCCGCGCCCGACGCCUUCUCCCUCCGCGCCGACGGCGCCGCGCUGGCGCCGAGCCUCAGCCGGGACGGGCGCCGCGCCGCCGCCACGCUCACCGUCAACCGGACGGCGCCACGUCCCCGAGCCCGUGCUGAACGUCACCGGCGCGGCGCCGGCGGCGGGCGCGGAGCUCCGCGGUCUCUGCUGGCUGCCGCCCGGCGCCACCAAGGACGCGCAGGUGCGCGUGGUGUCCGGGCGCGCCGUGGUGCACGAGUGGGCGCGGCCGCCGCUGCGCUUCGCGCUGCCGCUGCCGGAGGAGCAGGAGGAGCUGGAGCUCGGCUGCCAGGCCGAGCUGGGCCCGCUCACACGCAGCAGCUCGCUGCGCAUCCCGCUGCUGGCUUCUUCUCUUCCUUAUCCCACCUUGUCCUUUUUCCUUGUCAUGGCUUUUCCUCAUCUUGUCGCGGAUUUCCCUGUCCCUGCUGGCUUUUCCUCUUCCUUAUCCCGGCUUUUCCUCGUCCUUGUCCUGGCUUCUUCCCGUCCCUGUCACCAAUUUUCCUUGUCCCUGUCAUGGAUUUCCCUUGUCCCAGCUUUUUCUCUUCCUUAUCCCACCUUUCCCUCAUCCCCAUCCUGGCUUUUUCCUCGUCCUUGUCCCAGCUUUUCCCUGUCCCUGUCACGGAUUUUCCUGCCGGAGGAGCAGGAGGAGCUGGAGCUCGGCUGCCAGGCCGAGCUGGGCCCGCUCACACGCAGCAGCUCGCUGCGCAUCCCGCUGCUGGCCAAACCGCGCCUGGACGCCUCGGCUGUCCCGGGGAGCAGAACUGGACCGAGGGCGUCUCGGAGACGCUGCGGUGCCGCGCGCGGGGCAGGGCCCCAGCCCGAGGUGGGCUGCUCCAAGGACGGGAAUUCGCUCCCCGUCGGGAUCGCGCUCCCGGCGCGCCGGCACCACGCCGGGACCUACCGCUGGCCGCCGCGCCGCCAACGCGCUGGGCGCGGCCGAGAGGAACGUCACCGUCUGGGUGACGCGCGCCCACGACUCCGUCCCGCUGCUCCCCGUUCUCCUGGGACGCUUUUCCCGACGCUGGCCCUGCUCACCCUGGGGAUCCUUUACCUCCUCCACCGCCGCCGCUCCAGGAUCCGCGGGGUACUGGCUCUGGAAGCGCCAGGCGCCGCCGGGACCCAGAGCGCCGGGAGCCGCCGGCGCCUCCGGGCCGCUCCCAACGGAUCGGCGGCGCCGUGAGCGCCGGGAUAGCGCCGGGAGAGCGCCGGGAGAGCGCCCGGAGAGCCCGGCCCGGCGCGGCCCGGAGCUCCGUGCUUCCCCAGGAGGGGCGACGACGGCGCUGGGAUGGACUGGGAUGGAACUGGGAUGGACUGGGAAGGAACUGGGAUGGAAUUGGACGGAAUUGGUGUGGAAUUGGAUGGAAUUGGGAUGGAAUUGGAUGGACUGGGAUAGAACUGGAUGGAACUGGAUGGAAUUGGAUGUUAUCAGGUGGAACUGGAUGGACUGGGAUGGAACUGGAUGGAAUCGGGUGGAAUUGGGAUGGAAUUGGGAUGGAAUUGGGAUGGAAUUGGGAUGGAAUUGGAUGGAACUGGAUGGAAUUGGGAUGGACUUGGAUGGAAUUGGAUGGAAUUGGGAUGGACUGGGAUGGAAUUGGAUGGAACUGGGAUGGAAUUGGGAUGGAACUGGAUGGAAUUGGGAUGGAACUGGGAUGGAAUUGGAUGGACUGGGAUGGAAUGGGAUGGAAUUGGAUGGAAUCAGAUGGACUGGGAUGGAAUCAGAUGGACUGGGAUGGAAUUGGAUGGAACUGGAUGGAAUUGGAUGGAAUUGGAUGGAAUUGGAUGGAAUUGGAUGGAAUUGGAUGGAAUUGGAUGGAACUGGGAUGGAAUCGGGUGGAAUUGGGUGGAACUGGAUGGAAUUGGGAUGGAAUUGGGUGGAACUGGAUGGAAUUGGGAUGGAACUGGAUGGAAGUGGGAUGGAACCGGAUGGAAUCAGGAUGGGACUUGGAUGGAACCGGGAUGCCGAGAUCCGGAUCUGGUUUCGCGUCCCCGCCCCGAGCGGUUUUGUGGGGGUUUUUUUGGGGGUGGAUUUCGUGGUUUUUGUGGGAUUUUGGCGCCGGAAGAAGACGGACGGACGGACGGACGCCGGGAGCGAGCGGCACCAAUAAAACGCUGCGGGCGAC